UAUCCCUAUUUUAUUGUUUCCCUUGCAUAAGCCAUUUUUGGCUUUCCAACUCUGGUCACAUGUUAAAUUUUCCGGGCCCUUCUCUCCACGAAGCAAAAUAGAAACAAAUUUCGUAUUUUUCAUGCUAAAUUGGCCCAGACCCGUACUACGAUGCUCAUGAGUAGGGCGCUUUGCCGGAGUUGGUUGCCCCAGGUGGCCCACAGAUGUCAUGCCAAUGUGUCAAUCCUGCGAAUUAAUCCUGGUCAUCCGGCGGCCAGGUCAUGGCGGCAAUUCCACAGUAACCGGAAGCAGAGCAGCAACCUGAAACCGACCACCGGAGAGCCCCUCGCUGCGGAGCAAAACACGGUGCCGAUAAACAAUGUGAUCAAGGCGGUAGCCUUUACGGGAGCAUUUACGGUGGGCUGCUUUGCGGGCGCCACAAUCCUGGAGUACGAAAACACACGCAGCCUCAUCCUGGAAAAGGCGCGGCAGGCGAGAUUUGGCUGGUGGCAAAGUCGUUCCCUAGCGGAUCGGGAUUACUGGACACAACUGAAGCAGGACAUCCGACGGCACUGGGACGCGCUGACGCCCGGCGACAAGAUGUUUGCCCCCAUCUUCCUCUGCAAUAUCCUGGCAUUCGCCAUGUGGCGAGUGCCCGCCCUGAGAUCCACCAUGAUGACUUACUUCACCUCCAAUCCAGCGGCGAGAGUCGUUUGCUGGCCCAUGUUCCUCUCCACCUUCAGCCACUACUCCGCCAUGCACAUAUUCGCCAAUAUGUAUGUGAUGCACAGUUUUGCCAACGCGGCGGUGCUCUCGCUGGGCAAAGAACAGUUCCUGGCCGUCUACCUCAGUGCCGGCGUCUUCUCCAGCUUAAUGAGUGUGCUAUACAAAGCGGGGACGAGUCAGGCGGGGAUGUCUUUGGGUGCGUCUGGAGCCAUUAUGACACUGCUGGCCUACGUGUGCACCCAGUACCCGGAUACUCAGCUUAGUAUUCUGUUCCUGCCCGCGUUGACAUUCUCCGCCGGAGCCGGCAUCAAAGUGCUGAUGGGCAUCGACUUUGCCGGCGUUGUUCUGGGCUGGAAGUUCUUCGAUCAUGCGGCGCAUUUGGGAGGCGCCAUGUUUGGCAUAUUUUGGGCCACUUAUGGAGCACAAAUAUGGGCGAAGCGCAUUGGCUUGUUGAAUUACUACCAUGACCUGCGCCGAACGAAGCAGAAAUAGUACUGGAGGUUGGUCUGUGGCCAAGUGAACCCACGGGGAGUUGAGCUUUCGAAGUGGUAGCAACUAACACUCUGAUGUAACGAUAAUAAUGACAUCGUUCUGCCUUAUGACUUCGUUGCCAUGAAUUAAGUUGAAUAAAGCGUUAACAUCCUGUAA